CACUGCUCAGAAAUAGGUCCCAGGUCAUUAUUUAACAAUGCAAUAUUUAAUGAGAGAUUUCAAAGAGUGAUUCUGUUUCAGAAUUGCAUAUUACUUGCACUGUGUUUCAUUAGCUACCUAAUCAGACCUGUGAGGAGUGAUGAAACGAUUUACUUAGUUCUGUGAUGGAUAGAAAAUAAUGGGAAAAAAUAAGACCUUUCCAAUAUGAGAAGCCCAGAUCAUUUUACACUCUGUAAAAUAUGUUUUUUUUCAGAUUUCUAGUCAAUUGUUAACGGUUUAUUACACGUUAAUAGCAUUAUGUAAUUGUAAUGACAGAGCUGAGGAGAACGCUGAACACGCCAGCGUUCUGACAAAUUCAAACAACCUACAGUGUUAACUUUAUAUAACGUAGCUACCUUUCCUUGUGUAUCACCAUGACAUAUAUAAGCGUUGCAUGAGCACAGCAGCGGAGUAUAUAUCAAUUAUCCAGAAGACCGCGCGCGUGUGUGCGAAUAAACCUAUGCUACAAAAAAGCUGCGAUACUUUAAAAGGUUUGCCGAGUACGGUGGUGCGCGUGUGAACACUUUCAGGACCACGGUCAGUACCUUUCACAAACACGCACAGAGAGCAGCCACAGAGAUCGACGCGCAGUCAUUAACCAUUUUCAUGCUAUAAUAGCUAAUUGGUUUCAAGCCUAGAUUGUUAUAAAACGUUUUCCUCGCACCAGCAAAAUUGGAUAUUGACAGUGUAGGUCUGUAUCGUUCGUCUUCUGUCAUUCAACUGCUUCCCGUAAUAGGUAAUGUCCUGAUGAUGCUGGGGAAAUGGCACGAAAUGGCCUAAUAAUGAGAUGCCGUGUCAAGAUUAGUCAUUUCUGUAACAGGACACGAUUGAAUACAGGCUGCUUUUACAUCUAAAGGGACUUAAAAUUGUAAUCCAGUAAUAACCAGCCGUAUCGAUUUUGUUGCAUGAUAGCGUACCAAUUAUCAUUGGCUUAUGCAGAGUCCAGAACCUAACAUGAAUUCAUCCAUGUAUGAAUGUAUGUAUGCACACAGGUACCCAUGUAUGUAAGUAUGUUUAUAUGUAUGCAUUUUAGCAGCUGCAGCUGGGCAGUUUAGUGCAGAAACAAAUAAACUCCAACUCGUCGAAGGAAAUAGCAUGUUCAAUAAUACAGAAAUGCGCGCAGCAUAUUAGAUUGUGGCACUUCAAUAUUGCCAUUAAGUUUCGUCCUCUUGUCACGGUAGAGCAGUGAUACAGAGCACUGCACCAGCUAUUUCGACACCCUCUUAUCCAGUUUCUCACAUUCUGAAGAUGAAGAAGCAGAACGUGAGAACGCUCUCUCUGAUCCUUUGCAUGUUUUCAUACCUGCUCGUGGGGGCAGCUGUAUUCGAUGCCCUGGAAUCUGAAUCCGAGAGCGCGAGGAAAAGGAUCCUGGAGCAGAAACGCAACGAGAUGAAGAAGAGGUACCGAUUCACCGACGAAGAUUAUCGAGAGAUCGAGAGAGUGGUUUUGCAAACUGAACCCCAUCGAGCUGGGAGGCAAUGGAAAUUCGCCGGCUCGUUUUACUUUGCAAUCACAGUUAUCACGACUAUAGGUUAUGGCCAUGCUGCACCUGGCACUGACGCGGGGAAAGUGUUCUGCAUGUUCUAUGCGGUCCUGGGCAUCCCUCUAACCCUGGUCAUGUUCCAGAGUCUGGGUGAAAGAAUGAACACUUUUGUUCGGUACCUGCUGUGGAAAAUCAAAGAGUGCCUCGGCCUGAGAAAGAAAGAUGUGUCCAUGGAGAACAUGGUGCUGGUUGGCUUCCUAUCCUGCAUUAGCACCCUGUGCAUUGGAGCAGCCGCGUUCUCUCACUUCGAAGGGUGGACCUUCUUCCACGCCUAUUACUACUGCUUCAUCACCCUCACUACCAUCGGCUUCGGGGACUUUGUGGCCCUUCAGAAGAAAGAAGAUCUCCAGGAAAAGACCCCCUACGUGGCCUUCAGCUUCAUGUACAUCCUGGUGGGGCUGACCGUCAUCGGGGCCUUCCUCAACUUGGUGGUUCUCCGUUUUCUGACCAUGAACUCCGAAGACGAGAGGAGGGAUGCAGAGGAGCGGGCGUCAGUGAAAAGAGAGCGGGGCAUGAUCACCCUCAGCAUGGGGGAAGAUGGCAGGAGCCAAAGUACACUCUUCUUGCCCAUGGAAGAAGGGACGAGCCGCACCAACCUCAUCCCGCUGGCCACGGAUGACCAGGAAGACAUGCAGAGGCAGCGUCCUUCCAAAGCCGAGCCCCGGAUCGGCUCGCUGUGGUCCUGCAUGUGUUACCGGUCUCAGAACUGCGACAGCCCUGCCCCCUCACACCAAGAGCACAGCUCGGUGUACUUCAACUCCAUUUCGUACAAGGUCGAUGGCAUUUCUCUGAGUACGCGAGACAACACAGCCUUGUCCUCCCCGGGAAGCAGACUGUCCCCCAGCCGCUGCAGCGUAAGGGAGUACCUGAGAAGCAGAAGAAAGUCUGUAUAGAUCUGAACCACCUGAGCACAGCAUUUGUACACAUUUGACAAUAUUUUUUAUAAUGUAAGGCAUAACCUGAACACCUUGAAGAGAACAGCGUGAAUCAUGUAUAUAUUACUAUUGCUUAUCCUUAACUUCAUUCGUUUCUCCUAACUGUAUAUACCGUAUGCUUGUGCAUGACACUGAACUGGAGCAUGUCGUGACAGUAUGUAACAGGCAGCGCUGGUUCUCUUCAAACAACCAGUAGAAUUCACAAUUACAACAAACACAUCUGCAGCCUUGUGUUGAUUGUUCAAUCAGUUAUGUAAAGCCUGCUAUUUUUGUUUUUUUGUUUUGGAACUUCCGGUUCUUUCAAUUUGUCGUUUUGACUUGAAUACAACCUUUAUUGUUAAAAACAAAAAACAAACAAAAAAAACAGUUUGUAGAAUUGUAAAAUUACAAUAAAUUUUGAUAGGGAAUGUGAAUACAGUAUUUUUUUUUUGUAAGACAUCUAAAUGCACCAUAUUUGAAAUAUUUUAUAUUGAAGCUCAUUGCUUUUGAAAGCACUGCAUUGCAUAUUGAACACUAUGAACAUAGUAAACUAGCUAGCCACUGCUGCAGUGAGGCACCUCCAUGAGAGGGCUCGAGAUCCAAUUUAGCACCACCCUGCACUGCCACCCUGCACUGCCAGCCUCUACUGAUGCAAACACCUCUCCUUUCAGGCUACUUUAAACCGCACGAUGUGGUUGCCAAUAGAAACCUGGUGACGACAUUUUUUUCAUACGGCAAGCAGCAGAUCCAAAUCCAGUUUAAUGGUUAAUGGCUUAAGCGUACAACAGCAGUACCUCAGUCUGCAGUCUAACUGUACAAAACCAUACAGUAAACUGCAAUUGAAGAUAACUGUACCUGUAGUUUAACAUUGUUACUGCACUUACACUGUGUUACAACAGCAGCUUUGCCUAUGUUCCAGUAUCUAUUAUACCAUGUACUCAGAAUGACAAGUGGAAUAUAUGAGCAAUGCACAAUGUAUAAUAUUAAUGAACAGCUACUAAAGGAACAUGCAAUUUCAAUGAAAUGGCCCUGUGCAAAUUUGCAGUAUUUUGCAGACUCUUAUUCUGAAAUAAUUCAAUACAUGAAAAAAACAUUUCAAACCAGUAAACCACUUGUUUUCAGUCAGUAGCCAUUAAGGAAGCUAAAUAUCGAAGAAAGCAGUGAAACCCUUUGGAAGAUUAAUAUUCCUGCCAGCCGUUCCUUACAUGCCAGGGGAACAACCUUGUAAAACUCAAAGCACUUCUCAAUGCCCAAGAUAUGCGUCAAAACACCUGCCAUAACACAGUCAGCGUGCUAAUCCUUAAGCGCCUGCUGUAGU